AUGGGCCAUCUUGUUCAAUCAGUUAUUCAGUUUGUUAGUUUUGAGGAAGAAGUCGGAAAGUGUGGUCCUUACAAGAUCAAUGCUUUUCAUGUACACGAUGAGAUUCUGGAGAUCAAUGGACAUUCUCUGGAGGGCGUAUCCACUGAAAACAUCCAGCGCUAUUUGAUGUUCGUUCGAGCCAUGUUCGACUACAAUCCCUAUGAAGACGACGAGCUUCCCUUUAGAGACAUUGGACAAGCAUUUGAGAUGGGUGAUAUUCUGGAAUUGGUGGACUGUUCUGAUUUUACAUGGUGGCAGGUAAUUGCUCCGAAUCUGAACUAG